CAUUUGUCUCUCUCUACCCUCUCUCUCUCCUUCACUGCACAAAACCUUAAAAACCCUCUUCAUCAAUCUUCCCCCUUUGUUUGUUUUUUGUAUUGAACUAUUCGACUGCUCGUAUCGUAACUGUAACCACGUGCUUUUUUCAACGUUCUCCGCCGCCACCAUUUUCAUUUCCCAAUUCCUUUAACGACAUGUCGUUUUGUUCCCCGAGCUUCCAGCUCUCUUAUUUACGCAACCCCUUCAACGACACCACCACCACCAAUCCGACGCCGCAAUGUACUCACAAACACAAUUUCACCGUCCACUUCAGGCUUUCACGAUUCGACGACACGACCACCAAGUACUCUCCACCAAAGUUAAUAGCUUCUUCUUCUCAUUCAUCACAACGCCACUACUCGCCUCUCAGGAGCCACCACCACCACUCCUUCAAACUCAACUGUGCCAUCGAGUCGUCGUCGUCGGAGGAGGCCAACGCGAUCACGGUGCCGGAAGAUGAAGUUAGGGUUUUGGAGGGAAAUCAUGAGCAAAAAACCGAUUUUGGCGGCAACGGCGGAGAUGACGAUGAUCGUAGUGGUAAUGGAAAUGGUGGUGGCGGCGGCGGCGGCGAAGGUGGCGAUGGAGAAGAGAAUGGUGAGGAAAAAGAGUUCGGGCCGAUAUUGAAGUUGGAGGAAGUGAUGAGGAAAACGAAGGAUCGCGGUGUUGAGCUUCCUAAAGAUAUGUUGGAGGCUGCUAAGAUCACUGGGAUUCGCCAAGUGUUUCUUGAGCGAUACUUGGAUUUGCAGGGGUCAGGUUGGCCGCUGGGAUUUUUGAUGAAGUACUGUUCCAUGCUUCGAAAUCGAAUGCUGGCUGAUCCUUCUUUUCUCUUUAAAGUUGGAACCGAGAUAGUCAUAGAUUCUUGUUGUGCAACAUUUGCGGAAGUUCAGAAAAGAGGCAAGGAUUUUUGGGCUGAGUUUGAGUUGUACGCUGCUGAUCUUUUAGUUGGUGUAGUGGUAGACAUUGCUUUGGUUGGUUUACUAGCACCUUAUGCUCGAUUUGGUCAGCCAUCCAUGCCAAAUGGUUUAUUUGGAAGCUUUAACCGGGCUUGUGCAGCUCUUCCUAGCAGUGUUUUUGAGGCGGAAAGGCCAGGAUGUAGAUUCUCAGCAAAGCAGCGGAUUGCCACAUACUUCUAUAAGGGUGUCUUAUACGGAUCAGUUGGCUUUGGAUGUGGUCUAAUUGGCCAAGGCAUUGCAAAUAUGAUCAUGAAUGCCAAACGGAGUUUAAACAAAUCAGACGAGGACAUACCUGUGCCGCCCCUUGUACAAAGUGCUGCUCUUUGGGGUGUUUUUCUUGCUGUGUCUUCCAAUACCAGAUACCAAAUCAUAAAUGGCCUGGAGCAACUGGUUGAAGCAUCUCCAUUGGCAAAGCGGUUACCACCUGUUGCAAUGGCUUUCACAGUCGGCGUGAGAUUUGCUAACAAUGUUUAUGCUGGUAUGCAGUUUGUAGACUGGGCUAAGUUGAGUGGGGUACAAUAGCAACAUAAACUAAUCUCUAUUGUAGAAGCUGCUUUUCAACUCUCAACUUAAAAGGAUAGGUUCUUCAAGGUUUGGCGUUAGAUCUGGCUAGAAGCCUCCUCAUUUAGUUUGGCUUCCUAUAUUACAACUUACAGGGAUGCGAGAUUGUGCUUGUAUCAUCAAGCAAUAAAUCAAAAUCAAGCUUCUUUUUUCGGCCAUCUUUUUGGUUUAUUAAAAUUUUGUUAUAAGUAUUUUUCA